AGAACCAAGCCCUUGUGGUUUUGGGUUUUAAACAGAUGGGGUAAAGAUUCAACGGAUAUGCCGCUCUCAUUUUAGGGUUCCUUCGAUCGAUCGAAUGGUGCGCCAGUGCGAGCACUGCGGGGAGAGGCGCCAGGCGCUGCGACGGCCAAAGACUGGACACAAGGUUUGCCGAGAAUGCUUCUUUCAAUUGCUCGAGGAUGAAGUUCACGAGACGAUCACGCAAAAUCAGCUGUUCAAGAAGGGGGAGAGGGUCGCAAUCGCAGCUUCUGGCGGCAAAGAUUCUACUGUGCUUGCGCACAUUCUCUCGGAGCUUAAUACGAGGCACGACUAUGGACUGGAUCUCUUCUUGUUGUCCAUCGACGAGGGAAUUUCCGGGUAUCGGGAUGACUCCCUCGAGACUGUCAAGCGAAACGAAGUCCAGUAUGGCAUUCCUCUGAAGGUCUUGUCCUACAAAGAGCUUUACGGGUGGACCAUGGAUGAAAUCGUCAAAGAGAUUGGACGCAAGAACAACUGCACCUUCUGCGGUGUAUUCCGGCGACAGGCCUUGGACAGAGGAGCGGCUCUGAUGAAGGCUGACAAAAUGGCAACCGGGCACAACGCGGAUGAUAUGGCUGAGACAAUUUUGCUCAAUCUGUUACGAGGCGACAUUGCUCGCUUAAGUCGAUGUACCGCUAUAAUGACAGGUGAAGAGGGUGCAUUACCACGGUGCAAGCCUUUCAAGUACACAUACGAGAAAGAGAUCGUCAUGUAUGCGUACUUCAAGAAGCUUGACUAUUUCUCUACAGAAUGUAUUUACUCGCCGAACGCCUACCGAGGGUAUGCCCGAGACUUUAUCAAGGACUUGGAGGCUAUCAGACCUCGGGCGAUAGUUGACAUAAUUAAGUCUGGAGAGGACUUUAGAAUUUCAUCCACUGCUAGGAUGCCAGUCCAAGGCGUUUGCUCUCGGUGUGGAUACAUUUCUAGCCAGAAACUAUGCAAGGCAUGUGUACUGCUCGAUGGUUUAAAUCGCGGACUUCCAAGGCUGGGCAUUAGCAGAACUCGAGGCAUCAAGAGUACAAAGGGCGUCGCAGACAUUGACGAGAAAUCAACGGUGGCGGAGGCUGGUGGCAACGGAUUUUCCAAAAAACUAAGCCUGGAAUUCUGAGAGUCAUGUGACGGGAGUGCAAACUAGUGAAAACUAAGAAGAAGAAGAUGAAGAAGCACGACGCAGCUUUGAUCGUCCGGAUCGAAAUCGAUGACAAACCAAUCUAGAGACGUGAUCCUCGCAUCCAAAAUGACGAUGAUGAAAUCAAACGGACAGAGCCGAGAGGAAGCUAGGAUUGAAUCGUAUCGUCCUAGAGUUCAUCAUCAAGCACACCAGGAAAAAAGGAGAGAAAAAAAACGAUCUUGUGAAAGUCCUUUGGCGAUGGUGGCGAUGGUGGCCAGCGAUUGACGAAGAUGGGCGAAGGAAAAAUGGCGUCGGGGGUUCGAAUCCCAGUCGCGAGAGAAAGUAUGCUAUUUUAAUAUUUUCAGUGUGUAGAGUGAA